AUGACGAGUAUCUGUUCUCGAGCAGUUCUCAUAAAAUCAGUAUACAAAUUGUGGUGCGAGGGUGAUUCGUGGGAAGAGCUCUUUUCGUCUCUUUCAAAUCUUCCAACAGAGUUUACAAAUCCAUAUUUUGCUCCUUCAGCGAGUUGGAAACUAGACAUUGUUUCUUUUAACGCCACAUUGACUCCGGAGCAACAAGAACAAUAUCGCCUUCAGUUUGAGCCGUAUCUUCCCUUCGAGGGUCCAGUGGUCCUCCGCGCCCCUUCGAACACCUUUUCGUGUGUUUUGCAUCACAACAAACCCGAGAAAACAAUCAAACACAUCUAUUUCGGAACCUUCAUCGCCGAUGGCCAACGAAACACCAACGAUCGUUUCAACCUCAAAAAACGGCACUACAUCGGCCCCACUUCCACAUGUGCCGAACUCGCUUCUCUCAUGUCCAAUCAAAUUCUCACACAAAACGGAUCUCUCGUUUGGGAUUGUUUUGUUGGCACCGGAUCCCUUCUCGUUGCGGCAUCGGCUCACGGUGCGUUCUGCAUAGGAAGCGAUAUCGAUAAGCGCGUUUUGAGGGGAGAAAAAAAGGGCAAGCAAGUGGGAUCGAUCCGCGGCAACUUCGACCAAUAUCAAAUGAAACCUCCAGAACUUGUGCGAAUGGAUCUCUCGAACCUGCUGCUCCGCUCGAUCCCUCUCUUCGAUGGAAUUCUAUGCGACCCUCCCUAUGGAAUUCGGGCAGGAGCUCGAAAAACACGCUCUUCCGCCACAGAUAUGGAAAUUCCCGCGGAUUCACACAGUGGAAACACCGUGGUUUAUGAUCCGGAUGACGUCAUCAUCGAUCUUUUAGACACUGCAGCGCGCUUGUUGACCCUUGGAGGUCGUUUAGCUUAUCUAUUCCCCACAUUGAGUUCUGUGGAUGUGAAUUCGAUCCCAUUGCAUCCUUGCUUGCGUGUUGUAGCGAAUAGUGAGGAUAAAUUGACGCUGCUGCUGAGUCGGCGACUGAUAACGAUGGAAAAAAUAGCAGAGUAUGAGAUGGAGAAGAGAGAGAUGUAUCGAGAGGUAACGAAAAAGUCGCUGAUAGAGCAGGGGAUUUCCUACAAUGAUUUGAUGAAAACGGUGGGAAAUUUGGGGAGGAGUGAGUGA